UGUCAAUCUCUUGAGCUCUAGACACAACCACCCUCGAUCCAUCAUCCACACUCAUGCGCCAUGGAGCGAGCCGUAGUGAGCGCGGCGACCGGAGCGAUGAGCUCUGUCCUCGCAAAGCUGGCGGAGCUGCUCCAUGAGAAGUACAAGCUUGCCAAGGGGGUUCGCAAGGAUAUCGAGUUCCUCAGGUCAGAGCUCGGCGUCAUGAAUGACCUGCUGCAUGUGAUGGCAGAUAUCGAGGAGCUCGACGCCCUCAACAAGGGGUGGCGGGACACGGUGCGGGAGCUGGCCUACGACAUCGAGGAUUGCAUCGAUCUCUCUGUGGCCCGGCUCCAUCGUGCCGGUGGCGAUGCCAGUAAAGGCGGGUUCUUCGGCGCCCAGCUGGCACGGAAGCUCAAGAAAAUCAGAGUGUCUUUUCAGAUCGCUCACCAGAUAACAGAGCUCAAGGCUCGUGUCAUUGAGGAGAGCGAUCGACACAAGAGAUACAAGCUUGAUGGCCUUAUCGGAUCCAGCUCCGAUGCUUCUCGUAAUAAGGUUGACCUCCGGAUUUGUGCGCUUUGGGAGGAGACGAAGAAUCUCGUCGGACUCGACGGACCGAGAGAUGAGAUCAUCCGCUUGUUGAUGGAUAGAGAGGGAGAGGUGCCCUCGCAGCAAGUCAGGACUGUGUCCAUCGUUGGGUGUGCAGGCUUGGGCAAGACUACUCUCGCCAAUCAGGUGUACCAGAAAAUUCAAGGCCAUUUUGAGUGCAAAGCCUUUGUAUCGGUGUCUCAGAACCCUAACAUUAAGGACAUACUGAUGAAGAUUUGUUCUCAAGUUGGAGCAACCCCAAGCAUGGCGGAUGAUGAGCUCCUUCUCGUCAACAAGCUCCGAGAGCGACUCCAGUACAAAAGGUACAUUGCUGUAGUGGAUGAUAUAUGGCACUCCGAUCCAUGGAAGAUCAUUGGACAAGCAUUGGUCAGAACUAGCCCUGGUAGCAUAAUAAUCGUGACAACACGUCUCAAAGAUGUGGCCGAGUCAUGUUGUUCUUCUCACGGUGGUCGUGUUUAUGAUAUGAGACCUCUAGAUGACAACGACUCUAGAAGGUUGUUUUUCAAAAGAAUUUUUGACUUUGAAGAUAAGUGUCCUCAUGAGCUGGAAAGAGCUUCUGAAGAUAUACUGAAAAAGUGUGAUGGCAUACCACUUGCAAUAAUUUCGAUAUCCAGCUUCUUGGCAGUUGAUGUACCACAAUCUGCUGAUCACUGGAACAAGGUGAAAGAAUCUAUAAGUUUGCCACUUCCUGGAAAUAAGUCUGUUGAGACCAUGCAAUUAGUAUUAUCACUCAGUUACUUUAAUCUCCCACACCAUCUGAGAACUUGCCUGUUGUACUUGAGUGCAUUUCCAGAAGAUUCACAAAUUACAAGGGAUCCUUUAAUAGGCAGUUGGAUUGCAGAAGGAUUUGUUAAUGCGGAACCAGGAGAGAGUCUAUAUGAAGCAGGACUAAGGUAUUUUAAUGAUCUGAUAAACCGGAGCUUGAUCCAACCAUGGUGUGAGGUGAGAGGUGUGGUGAUGAGCUGUAAAGUUCACGAUGUCAUCCUUAAUUUCCUUGUGUCCAAAUCAGUUGAGGAGAACUUUCUUACAUUGUCGGACCCAUCCGGGCUCCCAACUUCUCUCCAUAGCAAGGUUCGUCGCCUAUCUAUCCAGAAUAGCUACCAAGAGAAUGUAGUUUCAUGGAUAAAGUCUAUUAAGCCUUAUAUCCGGUCACUUGCAUGCUCUGUGGACUGCAAAGAAUUGUUUCCUCUUACGGAAUUUGAAGUUGUACGUGUGUUAAACCUGGAAGACUGUGGAGCAUUGACAAAUUUUCACCUUGCAAAUGUAGAGGUGUUACUUCAGUUGCGGUAUUUGAACAUUUCUGGAACAGGUGUCAGUGAGCUCCCUGCUGGAAUUGGACAAGUCCAGAAUUUAGAAACAUUAGAUAUAAGAUGCACUCAAGUGGAAAAAUUGCCAUCAACUAUUGUUCAACUUGAGAAGCUAGCACGUCUUUUCGUCAGUCGCAAAGUCAAGUUCCCAACAGAAGGCUUCAGCAAAAUGAAAGCAUUGGAACAACUAACAUGUUUCUCGAUCCACGGGCAAUCACUUGGCUUUCUAAAAGAGCUAGGCCAGCUUACCAACUUGAGAACCCUGAACAUUGUCGAUUAUGAAGGUAGCAGGUGGGGGAUCUUCACUUCUUCACUCCAAGCACUGUGCAGCCAUAAACUUCUAGAUGUUAGUAUAUAUACGACGGAAUGGACCCCAAUCCCCAUGGAUUCCUCGUUCCCUGCUCUGCAAAGCCUCCGGACAUUUGUUAUUUCAACCAUCAUCAGUCUCCCUAGCUGGAUGGGCUUACUUGUUAAUCUCGAGCUGUUGAACUCAAAACUAAACAAUUCACUCCGGAGGAUUUGCGAGUGCUUGGAGGCAUGCCAGCUCUUGAGACUCUUAUACUGUAUCUUGCACAGACACAUGCGGGUCCUUUCACUAUCCAAGAACACGAAUUCCAGCAUCUCAAAUCAUUCAGUGUCGGUGAACUCUACCAAAUUCUGUUUAUGCCCGGUGCUAUGCCUAACGUGAAGCACCUCCAAAUUGAACUGAAGAUUGAACGUGAUGCCUUCGCCACGAAUAGUUACAGAGAUGAUCUCGGCAUCCAGCACCUCGCCAGCCUCACCAGGGUCGACGUGGGUAUCAAGUGUGAGAACAGAGACUGCCUCGUCGUCGAAUUUCUGGAGGCCAAAACCCGGAGCUUACUUGACACACAUCCCAAUCGUCCCACACUAAUCUUCAAUACACACUUUUUUUUGGGCGCAGAUUUUUUUUUCAGGCCAUCGGUAUUCACUAAAAGGUUUGAAAAAAUUGAUUAAUAAGAAGUAGCUUCACGAUAACAAGGAUCCUUGUCGACCAGUCUUUCGGUUCGUCCGUCCAGUCUUGUUUAUCAGUGAGGAGACAUGAAGCCACCACCAUGUGUUUGGUCAUGACGCGUGUUCAAUUUCAUCCGUACUAUUUGCAGACUUUCAUUAUUCAUAAUCUAUAUAUGAAAGUUGUUUAGUUGCUCCACUUUUGUUGUUCUUGAAUAAGAAUGGUCAUCCAUUAUUUGCUCCGCCAGCCCCAUCUGUUAUGUUCUGCUCCAUGCAGACAAACCUUUUGGGCUGCCUUCAUUGUAACCAACUUAGUUGCACACCUGCUUCGUCUUUACUAACUGCUGGAGGC